AUGUUCGCCUUCCCGCCCUCGCCGCGCGUCUUCUCGCUCUUCGGCUCCUUCCUCGUCGCCGCCUCGGCCGGCGUCAACUAUGCCUACUCGUCGUGGGCGCCGCAGCUGCAGGAGCAGCUGCACCUCUCCAGCACGCAGGUCAACAUCGUCGGCGUCGCCGGCAACAUCGGCGUCUACCUCAGCGGGCCGCUCUGGGGCCGCUGGGUCGACCGCCGCGGGCCGUACAGCGCACUGCUGGCUGGCGCGCUGCUCGUCGCGCUCGGCUUCGGCGGCCUGAGCCUGGCAUACACGCAGACAUUCCCCUUCAACACGCCCGAGAUCUCGCCGUGGAUGCUGGCGUUCCUCUCGCUGCUGACGGGUCUGGGCAACUCGGGCGCCUUCACGGCCGCCAUGAAUGCGCAGGCCAAGAGCUGGGACGGCAAGCGGAGAGGCACUGCGACAGCUAUCGUGCUCUCGGGCUUCGGCCUGUCCGCAUUCAUCUACUCGACGCUCUCGCACGCGCUGUUCCCCGGACAGACGGCAUCGUACCUGCUGCUGCUUGCGUUCGGUAGCUCGUGCUCCUUCCUGCUCGGCGUCGCGCUCAUCCGCAUCAUUCCGCCGGAGGAGGAGGCGCGCAAGCGCCGGCGCGGCAGCGAUGGCCGCGGCUCGUAUGGGCAGCUGGAGGCGUCGCCGGAGAGCGACGAUGUCGACGAAGAGGGUGCUGUGCGAAGGCCGCUCGGCCGCCGGCGCACGAGCAGCGACGUCACGGGCCGGGCGUUCACGCACGCGCCGCUCGCAGACGACGAGACGCCGUCAACUUCGGAGCUGUCGGAUGAGGAAGAGGCAUACCAGACGCCUGCGGCUCUGCGCCACAGCAGGUCUCGCGCCGCCUCUACGUCUUCGGCUCACACGCACGAGACUGCAAAGGACGCGGCGGCGGUCAAGGACGUCACUGGCUGGAAGCUCUUCUCGCAGCUUGACUUUGGCCUGCUUUUCGUCAUCAUGACGUUCAUCAGCGGCAUCGGAUUGCUCGUGAUCAACAACAUCGGCACGAUCACGCGCACGCUCUACGAAUACAACAAGCUGCACCCCGACUCGUCGCUGGCAUCGCUCGCCGCCGGCGCAGCAUCACGAGCUGCGGGCCUGCUCGAGCAGGUGCCACGCACCGCGGCGGCAGGCAACAACGCCCUGACGGCUGCAGACAUGACGCUUGCUGCGCUCAAGAAUGAGAAGGCGGCCGUGCAGCAGAUGCAGGCUCACCAGGUCUCGGCCAUUUCCAUUGGCAAUGCCUCGGGCCGCAUCAUCAUCGGCCUGCUGUCCGACCUGCUCGUGCGGCGCACCGGCGACGCCUCGCAGCGCGUGUGGCUGCUGCUGCUCGUCUGCUUCCUCGCCGUGGGCUCGCAGGCGAUGGCCGCCGCGCCCGACACGAUCAACUCGGUGCACCGCCUGCUCCUCGUCUCGGCCGGCACGGGCCUGUGCUACGGCACGCUCUUUGGCCUCGCGCCGGUGCUGACGUUUGAGUGGUUCGGACUCAAGCACUUCUCUCAGAAUUGGGGCAUCGUCUCGCUCAGCCCUGUGCUGGCGGGCAAUAUCUUCAACAUCCUCUUUGGACGCGUCUACGACUCGCACGUCCCCACGACGGGCCGCGACACGCACCUGUGUCUCGAGGGCGAGGACUGCUACCGCUCCGUCUUUGAGAUCACCGUCGUGUGCGCCCUGCUUGCCACGGCCACCAGCCUCGUGCUCAUCUUGCGGCGCGCCGGAGUGCCCGCUGCGCUGCGCUCGGCGCUCGGCUCACGCUCGGCCUCCGCCUGA